CAACUUCUUUUCUUGACCUAUUUAGUAAUGAUGCUGAGUUUCUUUCGACGAACACUGGGGCGCCGGUCUAUGCGCAAACAUGCUGAAAAGGAGCGACUAAGAGAGGCUCAGCGAGCUGCCACUCAUAUCCCUGCUGCUGGAGAUGCAAAAUCCAUAAUUACAUGCCGUGUUUCUUUACUGGAUGGGACUGAUGUCAGCGUGGACUUACCGAAAAAAGCCAAAGGACAGCAUCUGUUCGAACAGAUCAUGUACCAUCUGGAUCUCAUUGAAAAUGACUACUUUGGACUACGAUUCAUGGACUCUGCGCAAGUGGCACAUUGGUUGGACAACACUAAGAGUAUUAAAAAACAAGUUAAAAUUGGUCCACCAUACUGUCUCCAUCUUCGUGUAAAGUUUUAUUCCUCUGAGCCAAAUAACUUGCGUGAAGAACUCACAAGGUAUUUAUUUGUCCUUCAGCUAAGACAAGACAUUCUUAAUGGCAAGUUGGAAUGCCCAUUUGAAACAGCUGUGCAGUUGGCAGCUUACAUGUUACAGGCUGAACUUGGUGACUACGACCCUGCUGAGCAUGUCCCAGACGUAGUGUCGGAGUUCAGGUUUGUGCCUAACCAAACUGAAGAGAUGGAACUUGCCAUCUUUGAAAAAUGGAAGGAAUACAGGGGACAGACCCCAGCCCAGGCAGAAACAAAUUAUUUGAACAAAGCAAAAUGGUUGGAAAUGUAUGGCGUAGACAUGCACAUAGUUAAGGCAAGAGAUGGUAAUGAUUAUAGCCUUGGACUAACACCCACAGGAGUUCUUGUGUUUGAAGGGGAAACCAAGAUUGGUUUAUUCUUCUGGCCAAAGAUAACCAGGCUGGACUUCAAAAAGAAUAAAUUAACACUGGUGGUGGUUGAAGAUGAUGAACAGGGCAAAGAGCAGGAGCAUACUUUUGUCUUUAGGCUGGAUCACCCAAAAGCCUGCAAACACUUGUGGAAGUGUGCAGUUGAACAUCAUGCCUUCUUCCGCCUCCGUGGACCCGUCCAAAAAGGUUCCAGUCGAUCAAACUUCAUUCGUCUGGGGUCACGGUUCAGAUACAGUGGGAAAACAGAGUACCAGACCACAAAAACUAACAAAGCUAGAAGGUCCGCAUCUUUUGAAAGAAGGCCUAGCAAACGAUAUUCAAGAAGGACACUACAAAUGAGAGCCAAUCUUACUAAACCUGAAGAAACUAGCCUUCCAAAUAAUGCUUCAAGCCAAAAUAAUGGGUCACAACAAAACUGGAAUGCAAUGCCCUCGGUAACAGCAGUUUCUUCUGGGCCAGCCUUAGUUGAAAUAGAAACUCUUCCAAGGAGUCCUGGGACCAGCCAACAAGACAACAAAUGCAUGCCUCUUAUGGUUGAUUUAUUGGAUAACAAGGACUUGUUGGAAACUUGUAUCGACAAUGCUGUUGGCUUGCCUUCUGCUGGAGAGUCAUCUGGAACUGUGGAAGAGGCCAGCCUUGGUUUCUUUGACUACGGCACAAAAGACCAUCCUUCCGAGAAGGCGGAUCCUACUGCAGAAGAUGCAUCACUGAGACUGAAGCAGCUGGAAGCAGAACUUAGCCCCGUUGCAGUUCCUCACUCGACUGUAAACAUCAAUGUCAACAAGCAGGAGGAGGUGGUGAAACUGACAGAGAAAUGUCUGAACAAUGCAGUUGAGAGCCCUGGGAGUGCUUUAGCACGGCUGCCUCCAGAUCUCAAGAGCAACAUUUUGAAGGCUCAAGCUGAAGCUGGGCACAAGAUCACAAGGGAGGAUAGCAUGUGUGGCAACAAGAACACUAAUGUUCAGGAUGCUGCUGCCAGGAACAUUCUUCUAACAGGAAAAAUUCAGAACAGCCCUCUACGAGCCCACAGCCCAGUCUCCCAGGAGCCAAGAGAUAGCCAGACAUCAAUUCCUGUGUCAAAUGCUUUUGUUCUGAAUGAAUUGAAGCAGGAGAACGCUGCCGCUAGCCCUGAAGAUUUGUUGAGUCCUCCUAAUCUGGUCCCUGCCGAGGAAGCGGAUGUUUUAACGAACUCUCCGGAGGACUCGGAGAUUUUGUUGACAUCCCAUACAGAAAACCUCAUUGACUUCGCAGAAGCCACGCCUCGGGUGUCAUCUCCACCAACAAUUGUGCCCAGGUGGUUAGUGCCAAGUGGAUUCAUUUCCAAUAGACCUCUGGGGAAUGAUGUUGCCUCAACUCUCAAGACAGCAAUAGGGAGCCCAGCUGCCUCCUCACCUCCGCAAUAUUCACCUGAACUGAUGGCCUGGUAA